AUGCCACCCAAGAAGCUCAACCAGCAGACUCCUUCCUCUGUCCCCGAAGAUGAGCUCAAGAACAUCGCCGCCAAAUCAGACAGUCCAGAAGACAAGCUAAAACAAGCCGCCGCGAGCGCCGAGUCCGCCCUUGCCUCCGCCAAAACUGCCUCUUCCCUCCGCGCCGCCGCCGAAACCAUCAAAGACCCCGCCAAACGCGAAAAGUACUUGCGCGAUGCGUACGAGAAAGAAAUCGAGGCCCACGGCAAUAGCAAGAAGGCGCGGAUGCUGAGUUCGGGGGCGUUUCAGGGGAGUAUGGGGGGUGGCGGGAUUGGCAUGGCUGUUGGAGCUGGGCUGGGGACAGUUGUGGGCACGUUGGUCGGGACUGUGGCGACGAUUCCUACGACGGCGGUCGGGACGCUGGUUGGAGCGGGUGUUGGGGGUGUACAUGGGCCGUGGAUAAAACUUGGGGGGAAGAAGGAGGGGGAAGGAAAGGAUGGGGAGGAUGGGGAUGGCAAGAAAGAGGGGGAGGACGGGGAGGACGAGAAGAAGGUGGAUGAAGAGAUGGAGGAGAGGAUGGCUGGGGAAGAAGAUGGGAUUCCGGAUCCUGAGGCUUUGAGACGGGCUGCGGAGGAGAUUGAGAGGCGGAGGAAGGAGCAGGGAGGGGAAGGAGGGGAUGGUGGUGCGGUGAAAGAGAAGAAGAAACCGAGGAAGUUGGAGGUUAGGAGUAAGGCUGCUGCGUAG